CUGAGCGUCGUCAGCUGGAGAGUAAACAUGGCGGCGACAAGUGGCGGUGUAGAAUGGAGCCAACUUGUGAAGCCCAUUUUGGCGGCUUCAUAUGGCUCCGUGAACAAACAGGACCUUCCUGAAUUAGUGAAGUCUAUAUUAAAGAGCAAAGAAGAAAUCUUACAUCAUGAAGAACAGUAUGAGCCCUUCUACGCCUCCUUUUGUGUACUGGCUGCUGACUAUUUGGCCAGUAAUGCCCAUCAGGUGAGUGUAGGUGGAGUUGGCCAGACUGUGAGUGCAGCAAAGGUGCUUCUCCAGUUCCUGGCUGGACGUGUAGGAAACCCACCAACCUCAAUCACAACUCCAGCACCAUCAAAUGCGAAUACAACUACAAACUCAUCUGCAAGCACCACUGCUACUGGGAGCACUGGUUCAAGCAGCUCAACAACCUCGACUGUGACAACCCCAUCAACAAGCAGCAGCACCCAGCCGAUUGCUACAGCUGCAAGCACAACCUCAACAACAGCAUCAUCCACAACUACUACUAGCACCACUGCAACUUCAUCUAGUGGAGAUUGUACUCUUAGAAGUGGUGGGGAGAAAGAGCGGAUGGUUUGCGUCCAUGACAAGCACCUCCUGACGGGGAUCAAGGCCCUUUGCCGUGGAUCGGGGGCCCUCCACCGAGCAGACCAGGCCUCUCUGACGGCAGCCAUGAAAGCAGCAAAGCUUCCUCCACAUAUCAAGACUGUGGCUCCAGGUACCUCUCCUCCACCAGGUGACAAGGAUCAGGGAGCAUCCAAAGAGAUGCGGCGUGGCAGGAGUGAUCCCAGUGCUGUUAUCUUGGAGCAGCUGAUCUCGCCCUUACAUGAUCUUGGUGGCUCAAGGCCUCGUCCCCCCCAUUCGCCUACGCCUCCUGCACAGGCAGAUAAAGAUGGUGAUGGACCUCUGACUGGGGUAUCAGAUUCUGCUUUAGAUAUGAGAAAUUUGUUUGCAACACGAUGUGUGUCAGCCCUUCAGAGCUUGGGUGGUGGUGAACAGUUAAUUGAUGUAUGCCUCAGGCUCCCUACCAUUGUCAAGUAUACUCAGCGUUACAGAGACCUGCUUGAAGGCAAAGGUCAUGGUUUCCCAACAUCAGUUUCAGAAGCUCUUGUUGUGAAAGCAGGGUUGACAACUUUCGUUAUGGAGCUUAGCACAGUGUGGCGUGUUAUGUCAUUACCCUUACUAGAACCUCUGAACCCUACGAGACUUCAAAAGCUGUCUACAAUUGCAAUGGCAGCUCUCUUGGCUGCUCUCACAGUUGCAACUGCUACGGCAAUUAUUGCAGUUGCAUCACAAGCCACAUCUUCAUCUAAGACACCACCUCCUCCACGUGAAGAUGACAUAGACACAGCAGCCCCAGCUAUUGCAGAGAAGGCAUUGGACCUUUUUAAUGUGAUACUGAAUGCUGUACGAUCCUCCACAAGAGCUGGUGGACAUCAUGUCCAGAAUCUACAGUUGAUGGGCUCAUGGUUGGUGAUGACAGGACUCCAUCAGUUGAUGCUUGUGGUAUCUUCUGCAGCUGUCACGCAAGACAAAAAAGAUGACAAAGGCCGUAGUCCUAGCAAGAAAGAUUCAGCAUCUACUAGAAUUAAUUUGACAAAAGUGCAACAAGGUUUUGGUGUGGUAUGUGUGGCACUUGCAUCUCAAGGUGUUACCCUUAUGACGGGAUUGCUGGAAGAUGUAAAAGUGGAGGGAUGGACACCACCACGCCCUCCAGAUCCAGCAAGGCUUGAUCCCCUAGAGACUUACACAGCAACAGAGCGCCUUGCCAGAUUAUUUUCUGCUGUGCCACUGAAUCAGCUGCUCUUCUACCUGGCUACUAUCUCAUACAGAAAGGCAUGCAGCUUAAAGCGAACACACAGAACUAUUGGAGAAGGAGAUACAUUCAGCAUCUCUGAUUCAACUACUUACUAUGAAGAUGAUUUUUCUGAGGGGAGCCUUGGAGAAGAAGACUGUGGUGAUAACCCAGUGCUUGGCCCCGCCACAGACGACGACUCAGUUAUCAUUGGCUCGUGGUUUGAGGAACCCAGCACCCCAGGCGAUGGAGGGGACGACCCCACCACAGGAGCUGCCCAGGGGAACAGUGACUCAUCCUCUUCCCCGGAUGACUCCCAAGCCAAGACCCCUCACCGUCACAACUCUGAAGUCACAACUAUUGUUCCUGAGAAAGGGGAGCCUCACGGGUUCAUCUCUUUGGCAUCACAUAUCUUCCUGCUGAUGAACAGUUAUCUAGUGGAGAGUGAGUGUGCUUACGUGCAACAAUAUGUUCGCGCAGGAUUGGCUGAGACUCACAUGGUAGUCCUAGCUGCCAUCAUUAGGGACUUAGACAGGGAAACUGCCCGUUCAGACUCAGGAAGUCUUACUGGAUAUCUUGGACCAGUAUUGGGAUCUCUCUACGAUGAGUUCUCAUAUGCUCUCUACCGCUACACUCACAACGUCAUUGCUUCUGGUCUCUUGAGUGAGACACUUCAGAAUACACUCCUUGCACAGCUAGGAGUCUCCCCCUCAACACCAGAUGGAGACUGGCCUCUACAGGUCCUGCCAAGGACAUUAACAGUACUUGCUCAGAUCCUGCUUUUACGUCAAAGACGUGAUAAGGAUGAACUCAAGUGUGACUCUGACACAGCUUGUGUUCUCAUCUGGCAUCGUGUCAUCACAACACUAACAAAGUCCAUUACAAAUCCACCAGCACCAGAAGCGGAAACAGAAGAUUUGAAUGUGGAGCAUGCCCAGUUGCUGCUGUUCCUAUUCCACUCACUACAGCUAAUGCAGAAGAAGAGUGUACUCCUGAGUGUAGCAUCUGCUGUAGUAAAUGUGUCUUCAGUCAUCAGUACUCCCAUGAGAGACACUCAGAUCUUGCACUUGGCACGACUCCUUCUCAUAUUUGAUUAUCUUAUGAAGAACCUUUAUGAGGCUCCUCAGGUGUUGAUUGAGCAGGUCCAGUGGAAUCUGUUUAAACCUAUAUGUGAAAGCCAAAGCCCUGGAAAGGAGUCUAGCUUGGGCUCAGGUGGAAAGCUGUAUCAUGUAUGGAGAGAUUUGGAAGAGAACUUUAGAAAGAAUUAUUCUCAUGAUGAUUAUGCAAUUCGUCCAAGAUUCUACACACUCACGCCUGCAGAGACAAAUACCCAAGAUACACCCAAACUUGACGGACUGGCCUGCAGUUUCAUACUUGCAACUCCAGACACACUCAAAUACAGCACACUGUAUGAUACACUAGUCAAUCUCCUUGGAGUGGGCUGUCAGAACGACCCUAGUCUGCGAUUUACCUCUGACCCCCAGUUGAGCUAUCUUGGUCUAUGUGCUGUGCAGUAUGCUUUCUCCUUGUCAUACCGUCUGCUCCUUACCAUGCCUCCCUCUGUGUCAGCCCUGGAAGCUAUGGCAAGUGCUGAUGCCAAACUAGAAGGAUCCCAUCUAUUACAUGCUCUCUUGUGGGGCUCAAGAGCAUCACACAAGAUUUUCAAUGGCUGGAUUAAGGAUGGACUUGUGAGGCAAAGCUUGACUACCCAGAAAGCUGAUGCACUGUUAAAAUCUGUCGCAAAGACUAUGUGUAAUGUCAAACAUGAUCUGAAAGUUGCAAACCACCUUAUCACUUCAUUGCUUAAUAAAGGUUACAGCACUAUGGUAGGGACACUCUUGACAUCAGAACAGCUGCCUGCAUUCUCUGACCUCUACAUGUUGGAUACUGUGUUGGCUCGCCUCCAGGUGACUUUAGAUGAAGCAUGUCAGAAAGGUGACAUUGAUUUCCGCUCGAGUGAAGGAAGUGAUUUGCUUCGUGCUUUGGACAUUUCAGCAGAUCAGCUUCCAAUAUCUGGCCUGCUCAGUCUCAUCCAGGCUCUUGCCUAUGCCACAAGAUGGAGUCUUCUGCAACAAAUGAAUGGUGUCCUGGAGGAAGGUAGCAAAUUACCUAUUGAGGCCCUUGAUGCAUAUUCCUCUGUCCUUGCUGUAUCUGGUGGCCAUGUUCCUCGAGCAGGCCCACACCCACCAUGCCUAACCAGGGCUGCUCUCCCUGCACCUCUCAAAACUGCUCUGGACAACUGGAAUGCAAAUACAAUGUCAGAUUUCCCAGCAGUCCAUGCAUGGAGAAGUACAAUGAGUGGUGAUGUGCUACCAGGGGAGACCUAUGUGUCUGGUGUUGUCAUGGGUCACGUGGCAACCCUUUCUGCACAGCCAGCUUUUACUAUCAAUCUGGCCCUAAAACAUGUGAUGCACACGCUAGUUACAUUUGCAACUGAUUUUGCAAGCUGGUGCAGUGAUGAUGAAAAGACAGGUGGACUACUAACUAGCACCCUAGUUGGCCUUGCUGUUGAUGCCACCUGUGACCAUGUAUCAGAGUCGGUCUCCACAGCACUUGACCGCCUUCUCCCAGCCCAGGAAGGUGGGGAUUCCUCUACCUCGCCUGACCAGUUCCAGCUAAAGCUCUACUCACAUUUGUUAACUCAUGUAGAGUCUCUCUUGCAAUCUGCAGCAGCAUGUGAGGGGGUUAUAGAUGAGCAAAUUUUAGAAGGAUGCACAACGUUCCUGGAAGAACUCCUAGAGGUGUCAGCUGGCAAGUUAGCUCUGGAUAAAUUCCUCACAGAGUCACAAUUUGCUUCAGUUCUAUUGAGUCCACCCGUAAGUGGGGACAUGUCAUCAUCAAGCCUUCCAUCACACAUUAUCAAGUUCUUUAUCCGACUCUUCCAGUUAGCUGAGAAGAAUCCAAAUGACCACACACUAGCAUCUAUAUGCAGUCGUAUAUCUGUUGGCUCUUGGUUAGAGUCAGGAAUAUUGCAAGGUUGGCUGUCAACAAAUUUGUUAACUACUGCACCUACCAGUGACUCAGAUUCAACACCAAGUAGUUGGCAACUUCUGCGGACUCUUACGGCUUAUAUUAUUACACAGGACACACAGAGUGCAGAGGAGAUAGCACAUGCCCUUCUCCGAUCUUUGGUUCCUUUGGGUUCCUCUUUGGUGUCAGGAGGAUGUGAGGGUUUGUCUAGCAUGACGCAUCUCCUCUCUGUUAUGUCAUCCUUGGCAAGUGCAGGUGCAGGAACUGGCCAUGUAACUCUUUUCAGAGCUGCAAUACAGUGGGUUAUACAGUGCAAACAGCAUCUGGUUGGAGAAAAGGACAAGGGACUUUUGGAGGCCAUGUGUCAUCUUCUAUCAUAUGUCAGUGAUGUUGUUGCUGCUCUCAAAGUGAGCAGUGAGAGAUGGGCUGUUGCUUACAGAAGUGGCAUGACUUCACCUCCCUAUGAGUUAGAUCUUACGGCCGAUACUGACUCUGAUUGGGUUGAUGACCUUGCACAAGAUGAUGAUGAUAGUGCGGGUGAAGAUUCUGAUGAAGAUAGUAUGUGCAACAAACUGUGCACUUUUACAUUGACACAAAAGGAAUUCAUGCACCAACACUGGUAUCACUGCCACACCUGUCGUAUGGUUGAUGGUGUUGGAGUUUGUACUGUCUGUGCCCGUGUAUGUCACAGAGGGCAUGAUGUCACCUAUGCAAAAUAUGGAGCUUUCUUCUGUGACUGUGGUGCAAAGGAGGAUGGCUCAUGUCAGGCUCUUGUAAAGAGGAGUCCAGCCUCGUAUGAGGAUGGAGGUGGAUCAUCCAGUGGUCCUGCAGCAUUUGGUGUUGAGCCUUUGCUUCCAUCUUCCUUACGACGACGCCCAUCUUCACCAUCUCAGGGAACUCAGUCAGAUAAACAUCGUGAUGACACACACAAGCAAAGACAAGCAUUAGCCAAGAAAUUAGAAAAUGUACGAGACCUCCUUGUUGGUGAAGUGAGCAGCAGUGAGGUGGCUGCAACAGUCCUGGACUUGCUGUCUGAUUUGAUGCCCACUAUUCAGUCUAGUUCCAUGGAGUCCAGCUCUGUGGGGUCUUACCAGCGUGCUUUGACUGCUCUACAUCAAGUUCAUAAUGAUUCAAAGGUUGUUAAGCCAUCAGAACAGUUGAUGGUAGCCACUCUAGGGUCCCAGGAAGGAGCCUUUGAAAAUGUCCGUCUCAACUACUCUGGUGAGCAAGGGCAGACCAUCCGCCAGUUGGUGUCGGCUCACAUGAUCAGGAGAGUUGCUAUGUGUUGCCUUGCCUCUCCGGGUGGGAAGAGACAACAUUUGGCUGUUUCUCAUGAAAAGGGCAAGAUCACUGUGCUCCAGCUUUCUUCUCUUCUUAAACAACAUGACUCUGCAAAGAGGAAGCUUACCCUCACAAGACUCUCUUCAGCACCUGUGCCAUUCACAGUGCUCUCUAUUACAGCAAACCCUGCCAAUGAUGAUUACCUUGCUGUCUGUGGUCUUAAGGAUUGUCAUAUCUUGACAUUUGCAAGUGCUGGAAGUGUUUCAGACCAUUUAGUUCUGCAUCCCCAACUGGAGUCUGGGAACUACAUUAUUCGUGCAGUAUGGCUGCCAGGCCAGCAGACACAAUUAGCCCUCAUCACAGCAGACUUUGUCAAAAUCUAUGACCUGAGUAUUGACUCACUCUCGCCUCAGUACUUCUUCCUGCUGCCGUCUGGGAAGAUCAAGGAUGCUGCUUUCUAACAAAAUUUGGAUUUUCUCACUUUACAGGAUGCAGGAUGCUGCUUGGUGGCCAUGGCCUCAUCAGGUUACAUUUACACACAAGUAUUAAGUGAGGAGAGUUCUGCACAACAUGGACCAUUUUAUGUUACAAAUGUGCUUCAGAUACAGCACCAAGAUCUAAAGGACUGCAAUGGCCAGAUUGGAGGAGGAGGAGUAUCAGUUUACUAUUCCCAUACUCUCCAAGUCCUCUGCUUCAGCUAUUCUCAAGGAAAGAGCUUCAUUGCACCACUUAUCUCCAUAAGUGAAAACGAACGUGUUGAGAAACUUUUCCCAGUGAGUGUCAAGGGAGGCAAUGGUUCUGGAGGAAGCAGUAGCAGCAGUAGCAGUAGCAGCAGUAGUAGCAGUAGCAGCAGCAGUGGCAGUAGCAGUGGUGGCAGUGGGAGCAAGAUGGCACCACAACCAUUGUGUCAGUGGGGAGAAGUCACUGGCCAUCCUGGGCUGAUCACAUGUCUUACUCAGUCUAGUAACAAUCCUGUGAUAUUGAUGGUGAAGCCCGACCAGAUCUUGGUCCAAGAGAUCAAGGUACUACCUGCCAAGAGCAAAAUGACAGAUCUGGUGGCUCUGCGUCACUCCUGGUCCCCUAAUCAUGAAGCAAAGACAACACUUAUUCUAUUGUGUGAAGACGGUUCCCUUAGAAUCUACAAUGCAAACCCACAGACAACAGAUUUCUGGCUAUCACCUCAAAUGCAGAGUGUCAGUGCUAUCUCAGCACUUCGACCUUCCAGGAAGAAGAAAGCACCCAAACUUGGAAGACCAUCAGGAUCCAUUGUGUUCCCUGUUGACUUCUUUGAGCAUUGCUCUGUGAUGAACGAUAUUGAGUUUGGUGGCAAUGAUCUUCUGCAAGUGUACAAUGUUCAGCAACUGAAGAACAGGUUGAACAGUCAAGGAAUGUACAUAGCAUCAACUAAACCAGGUGGUUUCCAGUUAGAGGCUACUAACAAUGACUCCACUUUAGUGAUCUGUGGCAUUAGAAUUGCUGUUGGUGCUGUUGACACUCAAAGGGUGCCAGCAUUCUUGGAGGUGUUUGGUCGCACUGUAUCGAUUGCUGCAACACGCAGUCGUUGGUUUGAUGUUCCCCUCACCAGGGAGGAGUCACUACAAGCAGACAAACGAAUUGUUAUCACAUUUGGACCUUCAGCAGACCCUUCCAAUGUGACCAUUGUUGACUCUGUAAAGAUAUAUGGAAAGACCAAAGAUGAUUUUGGCUGGCCUGAAGAACCAGAGGACUUCCCCACCACUGUGAGUGGGUCUGGGACUGCUGGAACCUCUGGAACCUCUUCAGAAUCAGCUUCAGCUGGAGGCAGCACUGCAACCACCCCUGUACCACUGACUGCUGUAGAUCGUCUUGUGUCAGCAGCACUUGAGACUCUUGAUGGAUGCUUUGUAGCAACACCAGCUGAGAAAAUUGUUGCCCGUGCAGGAGCACUAGAACUUGCAACCAAAUUGCUAAAUCUUCCUCUCCCACCAACUGUACAGCAUCACACUCGCACUCUGCUAGCCUCUUUACAUCAAAGCAGAGUUGCAUAUCAUAAUCAUAAGGAUGGAGCACAGCUUGCGAAUGUGGUAGAGGCACUCAGCAGUUUAUGCCGUGUGACAGAUCCUCAUCAACUAGAUUGUGAGGCAUACCACAGGCUUGUUGUCACAGCAAGAAAUGUGGCUGUUGCCAGACCUCAUAAUCUUGUCAAGUAUACUGAAAAAGUACCAUCCUGUGACCUGGCCCUGUUACCUUCUGAAGAUGAUUCCAAGAAAGUGGACAUCCCAAUUUCUUCUCCUGGGCCAAAAACAGAUGGAGAUGCUUCCAUGUCAAAGAAGUCAGAUGGAGACUCCACAUUAAGCAAGGCAUCAGACACUACAUCAGACUCUGAAGCAACACUUGAGGGUGGAGACAGCAAUGGCAAUGAUAUUACUUGUGAUGAUAAUCAUUUCUUAGCACAACUGAUGACAGUGUUUUGGUCUUUGCAUGGUGCCAAACCAACAAAUCCCUUCCUGACACCAGUUUGUCAACCAGGACUUACUCAUGUUGAGGCAACAGUACAAGCAGUGGUCGAAAUUAUACAUGCCUAUACAGUUUGUUCCCUAUCUGUAGUGCCACUUGCUGUGAGACUUUACACAGAACUAUUACUGUGUACAGACACAGGUGUAAGUUUCGGUGCUAAACAGGCACUAAUCAGAGUUCUUAGACCUCGACACAAGAGACGCAAGGUUUUCAUCCCUAGUCCACCAAGGUGCUCCACACCAGGUGUUGGUGUGGAUGAUGCUGAAAAAACAGCAACAACUACACAGGAGUCAGUUGGAGCUGCCCUAGUUGAACCUCCAUUUGAGGGAGCUGAAGCUGCAGAGUCAAUUGCAGAAGCUGGUGGUGGUGGAGAAGGCCUAGAAGCCCUAGGAGCCCUUGGAGGAGGUGGUGGUGGCCUGGCCCUGAGAGGUGCACUGAUGAGCAGCAUGCUAGACCUCCCUGCCGAUGAUGAUGAUGCCAUGGUAGAACUUGCAAUUGCACUCUCGUUGCAUGAAGAUCAAGGACAAGCACCAGCAGAUUUGGGUAAUCUUCCUCCAGGUCUGCAAGGGCUGGUAGGGGGCCUGCCAGGAUUACAUCGCCUGCAGGGACUAAGUGGCCAAGUCCUCCAUAGUCUCCAAGUACUAGCUGCUGGAGGAAUGCCUGGCAGUGGAGCUCAGGCCAAUGCACAAGAAGGUCAACAGGAUGGUGGAGAGGAAGCAGAAGCUGGUGAUGUUGAAGGUGCUGAUGGGCAAGAAAAUGGACACUAUUCUGACACUACUGCCUCAGCUAAUGGCUCAGAUGAUGAUGAUGGUGAUGGAUCUACAGCAGCCACUGAUGGAUCAAACUUGAGAGCCUCCCCAGCAGAACAUGCUGGAAGUGCUGGAAGUGAAUCUGGAGGAUCUGUUGUUGAGAGCUUGGGUGGUGAGCACAAUGUUUCUGGACGAAGUUCAGCCUAUGGUGACACUGGACAAGAAUCUGGCGCAGCAGCUCUUCGUGAUGGAGUGUCAGCAUUACCUACCACACUUCAGGGUGACUUGGUUGAGGAGGAAUUACCAGAAGGUGGUGUAGGACUGCAUACACUCCGUCUGGCUUUGUUAGACGCCCUGGUGCAGCGUAUUCCUUCUCUAUCAGCUGUUGGAGGAGUUACAACUAUACCCUUCUUCCAAGUCCUCUUGAUGCUGACCUCUGACCUAGAUGGGAAUGAGACAAGAGACCGUACAAGCUUGGAUGCUGUCCUCAUGGCUCUUGUCACUCAGUUGAACAUGAGCAGCAUUGAUGUAGCAACAGUCUCUGAGCGUACACCUGGCAAGGAGGUCCAGCUUGUUGUAAUGAGACUACUGAGUGUAAUGAUGUCAAGAAACAAGUCUGGUGGCAGAUCAAGCAGUGAUAAUUCCAGUGUGAUUCCCCAGGCCACAGCCAAGUGCUUGGUGCAAUCAGGAGCAAUGGAGCAUUGUCUCUCCUUCCUCAAAGCUCUGCUGGAGUAUUGGCGAGCAACCUCGGAAGAGCAGGGUGGCACUGUCAUUGGUGCUGGCCUCCUAAAACCUCGACCACUUUCUCUUCCACCUGACAUGUCUCCAUUUUUCCUACGGCAAUAUGUGAAGGGACAUGCCCAUGAUGUUUUUGCAGCCUUCCCUCACUUGUUGACAGAAAUGGUUUUGAGGCUGCCAUAUCAGAUGAAGAAAUUAGGGGAAGGGGGCCAAUUUGAACCAGCCUGGUCUCAUUAUCUGUGUGAGUACAUGAUGACUCAACAGACCCCAGUUGUAAGACGUCAGGUGCGCAAGUUGCUGCUUUUCAUUUGUGGCCACAAGGACAGGUACCGCCAAAUGAGGGACAUGCAUGCACUGGAUUACCACAUCAAGGAUGUUAAAGUUCUGUGUGCCCAAGGAGGAUUUAGUUUCUCAGGGAGUGCAUCCUUAACACCAAUUGCAUUGCCAUAUGACUCCCUUAUUCAGCUUAUUGAGCAUUUGAAGUCAUGUGUAGACAUUGCCUCCUCAAGAACACCAAACUGGCAAAAGUACUGCAUGAAAGAUGAAAGUGUACUUGGAUUCUUGAUGGAAGUAUCAUGCCUAUUAGAAGAAGGAGUUGCACCUACAGUGCUCCAGCUCCUACAGGCAGCACUCUGUCCUACAUCAAAGAAUUCAGAAAGUUCCAAAAGCUCAAGUAGCAGCACAAAACGAGCUUCAAGUGAGGAUAGUGAGGGAGAAAGCCGUGGUGAAGAGGCACAUUGUGCUGCACUUGUGGCUCAGAUAAAUAGAUACUUGGACCGUAACCGCAUCAGCCAGUUUGUUCGAACAUUCCUCUUGGAGUCCAACUCAACAGGAGUGCGAUGGCAGGCACACUCACUGGUUCUAGCACUGUACCGUCAUUCCCCGCCAAGGGACCAGGAUACUCUCCUUACCCUCAUGUGGUCACUGUGGCCACACCUUCCAGCUUAUGGCAGGAAGGCUGCACAGUUUGUUGAUCUCUUAGGAUAUUUCUCUCUCAAGACUCAGCACUGUGAAAAGAAGGUUAUUGAAUACAUCAACAGAGCUGUCACUGUUCUCCGCACUCAGUCACAGCUCCUCGCUAACCAUCCUAAUGCUAACCUCUACAACUCUUUAGCAUCAUUAGUCGAAUUUGAUGGUUACUAUCUUGAAUCUGAGCCAUGCCUUGUCUGUAAUAACCCAGAAGUUCCAUUCACAAGUGUCAAGCUCUCCACUGUCAAGGUGGAUUCUCGCUUCACCACAACAACCCAGCUUGUCAAGCUUGUUGGCAGCCACAUGAUUAGCAGACUGACUUUGCGUAUAGCUGAUCUGAAGCGCACUAAGAUGGUCCGUACCCUUAAUGUUUUCUACAACAACCGUUCAGUCCAGGCUGUUGUAGAGUUGAAGAACAAACCUGCCAUGUGGCAUCGUGCAAAGAAAGUGACCCUAUCUGCUGGUCAGAUUGAGGUCAAAAUUGACUUCCCUCUGCCAAUUAUUGCCUGCAACCUCAUGUUUGAAUAUACUGACUUCUAUGAGAAUCUUCAGGCCUCAACAGAAACUCUCCAGUGCCCUCGGUGCUCAGCAGCAGUGCCAGCAUCACCAGGAGUGUGUGCUAAUUGUGGAGAGAAUGUUUAUCAGUGUCACAAGUGCAGGGCCAUCAAUUAUGAUGAGAAAGACCCCUUCCUUUGCAAUGCCUGUGGUUACUGUAAGUAUGCCAAGUUUGAUUAUACAUUACAAUGUCGACCGUGCUGUGCUGUGGAUCCCAUAGAAAAUGAAGAUGACCGCAAGAAAGCAGUUCUCAACAUCAACAACUUACUAGAAAAGGCAGACCGUUCAUACAAGCAGCUGCAAGCAUAUAAACCAACUUUGGAGCUGCUGUUAGUGAGAAUAAGUGAGCAAGGAGCAGCAAGGAGUAAUGAUGAAGGCAGCUCAGGAGGGACUCAGGUGAACCGAGCCAUCCAGCAGUUGGCUCAGAAGUACUGUGGAGAUUGCAAGAACUCAUUUGAUGAUCUAUCUAAAGUUAUUCAGCGAAUCCAAGCCUCCCGGCGAGAGCUUGUUGCUUUUGAUCGGUCCCAGAAAGAAGGUGGGAAGAAGAAUGUUGUGUCUCCUAUUACACGCAGUGGUGUUGUUCAUGCAAGCAACCAUGAAGAAGGAGUGGUGGCUGCUGGUCGCUGCUAUGGUUGUGCAGCAUCAGCCACAGAGCACUGCAUUACUCUGCUUCGGGCUUUGGCAACAAAUGCCACUCUCAGAGCUGCCCUUUGCCAGCAUGGGCUCAUCAAUGAUCUCCUUGAAUAUAAUCUAAGGAGAGGUACUGUACAGGUGAGAAGUGAGGUGCGUCAACUCCUCUGCCUCCUGACUAAAGAUGACUUGUCAGCCACGCAAGAACUGAAUCGCCUCAUUAUGGAUAAGAUCAGUAUGGCUCUGCGGUCCCAUGUGACAUCACCAGACUUAGCAGCUGCUGUCAGACAUGAAAUGGGUUUGUUGGCUGCAUCUGCACAGAAGGAGGAUUCCUGCUGGGAGUAUAGGUUAAGGUGUGUGGUUCAAUUGUUCCUAAUGGCUGGAGGAUCCAACGCCUCCCCAACUGUGAUGGAGCACAUCACCCUGCCUUGCCUUCGUAUCCUUCAAGGGGUGAUGAGACCACCAACUCCCCCACCACCCCGUAAGAGUAGGGAUAAGACCCCCAUGAAUGCUGCAGCCUUUGUUACUGCUGUUGUUGCAGCUGCAUCUGCCUCCAGUGCGGCCUCCACUGACUUGAUGGCUGCUUACUUGGGUGGUUCAAAGGUUGGAGUAGAUGUGAGUAAGUGGCUAAGUGGUGACCCAGGUCACUCUUAUGAGACAUGGAAGAAGAGAUCAGCUAGAAGAGCACAAGAGCCAGCUGUUAGCAAAAUGAAGAAGGAUGAAGUCCAUGAAAGAUACCUCAUAGAGAAGUAUGGUUGUCGCUGGUUGGCCCAUACAAUUCGUCACCAAUACGACCUAAAGAUGCAGGAAUCUUCAUGGCUGCGGCGUGUCCUCUUCAACCCCUCAUCCCGUAUGGCACGUCAGGUCACUGCACAAAUGGUGGAGUCCCUGUGCUCAUCAUCCCAGCGCAAGAGAGAGGUACUGGAUAUGCUCACAACAUUCUUACCAGAAAUAGGAAAGGCAGGAGAAAGUGCUGCAGAAUUUGUCUCCCUGUAUCAAACCCUCCUGUUAGGUGCUCACUGGAAAUACUACCUGGCACUAAAGGGUGUCCUGCCAACCAUCGCCAGUCUUAUUACUGCAGAAAUUCAGCUGUUGACCACUUUAGAAGAAACAACCCUUACCACAGAUCUAAGCCAAGGUUAUGCCCUUAAAGUAUUGACAGAGUUGCUCUCUCAAUUCAUUGACGUGGAUGCGAUCAAGAGUAUAUAUAAGGGGCGCUUAGUCGGCACAGUGUUAAGUGGCUACCUCUCUCUACGGAAGUUGGUGGUCCAACGCACUAAGCUCAUUGAUGACACCCAAGACAAAUUCCUAGAAUUGUUGGAAGAUAUGACUUCAGGUACAGAGGCAGAGACAAAGGAAUUCAUGAAUGUUUGUGUUGAAACCCUGAAGCAGUAUCCCCAAGAUGACCUGCGUACACCUGUUUUCAUUUAUGAGCGGUUGUGCUCUAUAAUAUAUCCUGAGGAGAAUGAUGUUGGUGAAUUCUUCCUAACCCUGGAAAAGGAUCCUCAGCAGGAAGAUUUCCUUCAGGGUCGCAUGGUGGGCAACCCAUACAGCAGCUUAGAUCCAGGGCUGGGUCCUCUGAUGAGAGAUGUGAAGAACAAGAUCUGCCAGGACUGUGAGCUAGUGGCAUUGUUAGAAGAUGAUAAUGGUAUGGAGCUACUCAUCUGUAACAAGAUCAUCUCGCUAGACCUGCCUGUGAAAGAGGUGUAUAAGAAAAUAUGGCUAGCAGAAAACAGUGAGAGUGAUGCUAUGCGUAUUGUGUAUCGAAUGAGAGGUCUCCUUGGGGAUGCUACUGAAGAGUUUGUAGAAACUUUAGAUAAGAAGAAGGAAGAAGAUGUGGAUAAUGAACAGGUGUACCGUAUGGCCAGUGUCAUGUGCCAGUGUGGAGGGCUUGAGGUGAUGCUUCAGUGCCUUCAGAGAAUAAGUGAUCUUUCAUAUGCCAGAGCACUAGUCACAGUGCUGUUGAAGCUUUUCCAAUAUUGUGUUAAGGUGCGUGUGAAUAGAGAACGUCUGAUGGUACCUUCAUUGAAUGCCAUCUCUACUUUGCUACACACCUUGAAGCAGUGUCUUGCAGCAGAGCCAGAAGUUGUUGCUGGGCCACCAGGUGGAGCAUCUCUCACUGAGCAACUACUUCAGGUACUAGAGGCAGUGUUGGUAGAGGCGUCCUCCAUACCAGCUGCAUCAUACACAGAGUUUGUCGAAACAUGUGGUACCCUUGAAGACAUCCAUCUCCUCUUGAACUAUGUAGCUACAUCUUCCCGCACCAAUGCCCAGGUCCGUCAACGGUUGAUGCGUGUGCUCCCCUUCCUGGUGUUCUGUCACAAGGAGAAGAUGGAACUACUUGUAGGACAUUUCCGUCCCGUGCUGGACUUUGAGAAGUUUGAUGGAGAACACUCACCGGAAGAUGCUGCAAAGAUGGAGUCUUUCUGUGUGUUCUGUGAUGGCAUUGAGCGUAAUGAGAAUGGCAAUCAGUUGAAGGACAUGAUCAUCCGAGCUAAUAUUGUCAAGGAUGCCUUAACAUAUAUAGAAACCCACAUGCCAAAGAGUAAAAAGCUGGUAGUAGUUUACAAUGAUGAGUGGAAAGAGUUUCUAAGUCGACCAUCACUCAAAUACAUCCUUAGACUCUUGACAGGAUUGGCAACGAAGCACAGGGGAACACAACAAGCAGUUGCAGCUACUUGCAUACCUCAUAUUCACCGCUUAGAACAAAUAUCAUCAGAUGAACACGUUGGCUCUGUUGCUGAAAAUCUGCUUGAAGCACUACGUGAUGAUCCCAGUAUUGCAGUGCAGGUGCAAGAAGUACGUCGUCAGACAAGGCAGGAAAAGAAGCGAUUGGCCAUGGAGACCAGAAAGAAAGAGUUGAGCCGUCUUGGACUCAAGGCUAAUGAAAAGGAGCAAAUUACAUCCCAGUCUACAUUACUGUCACAAAUGGGAGAAAUUGCUGAGGAAUCAGGAUUGGUGUGUGCAAUUUGUUUGGAGGGUUAUCGCUGCCAACCCCAGAAAGUAUUAGCUGUGUAUACAUUCAGCAAGCGCUGUGUAGUGGAUGAGUUUGAGAAUAAACCUCACAAGACUUUGGGUUAUUGCACUGUUUCUCACUUCAAUGUGGUGCAUGUGGAUUGUCAUCUUGCUGCUGUGAGGUCAUCCAGGUCUCGGGAUGAGUGGGAGAGUGCGGCCCUUCAUAAUGCGAACACCCGUGCUAAUGGUCUCCUGCCAUUAUGGGGGCCACAAGUUCCAGAAUCAGCCUUUGCUUCCUGUCUAGCACGUCACAAUACCUAUCUACAGGAAUGCACUACCCACAGGGAUAUCAGUUACUAUUCUACCCUUCAUGACCUAAAACUACUCCUGCUGAGGUUUGCCAAUGAAAAGUCCUUCAGUGAUGAUACAGGCGGUGGUGGCAGGCAGUCUAAUAUGAACUUGGUGCCCUACAUUCUCCACAUGGCUUUAUAUGUAAUAAACACCACUCGGUCAGUGGGUCGAGAAGAGAAGAGGCUCUCAACCUUCCUCGAGGCAAGUCAGGAAAGGUGGAUUGAAAUUGCUUACGAGGCUGAGGGGGCAUUUUAUAUGGGUGUUUUAUCAUUAGCCAUAUAUUCACCAACCAAAUGGACAUCCAUAAGGGUGCAGUACCUUCAGCGUCUACUAGUCGUUGCUCAUGCUAGAUCAGUGUCACCUCACCCACCACCUGGAAACAGAGUCACAGACAAAGCAACAAAGGAUUGGAGUGUGUACAAGCAUGCAGCAAUCUUCUGGGCCCUCAUUGAUGCUAUUUACAACACCUUUUUCAAGAAAACAAGUACAGAGGGAGAAUGGAGUGUAACAGUUGCAGAGUUUGUGCGUCAUAAUGACCAAGUAUUGGUGGAAGCUUCCUCUAAGGUCCUCACGCAUUAUCAAGAGGAGCUCCUGCCUAUUUCCUCCUUCAUGGAGUUCUGUGAUGUAGUUGGACUUCUGCAUGAAAUAGAGAAUCCUGAUGAAUUCCUGAAUGAACUCCUGCAGAGUCUACCUUAAAGUCGAUAUUGAUGGAAGUGUUUGGUGAUGUGUGAGGGUAGAGAGAGGGUGUGUAUGACAUUGUCUGAAUGGAAAUCAGUUGUUAACCCAUCCACUACGGAAAUAUCUUUUUGGCUAGUGGCCACACAGAUGGGAUUGUUGGCACUGAUCGCCAGAUCCCCUGUUUGUGCCUGGCU